AGCAGCCAAUGUGGGAAAGGGUGUUCCUCCCUUCUCACAGGAAGCGGUAGUUUGGUGGAACUCACCCCAGGGUCAGCCUUCCGAGACGAUUUACCAGGAUGCUGGGGAGGAUUCUGGGCCGUGGUCCAGUGGGGUGGUGGAGGUGGGGGGCUCACCUAAACGCCUGGGACCUCCAGGCUGCUCCACCACUGCUGUGCUGUGCCAGAGGUGUUGGGAACAGAGCCAGGGGUGCGCAGGGUGCAGUGCUGCAGACGGCUGCUCCAGGCUGGUCUUCCCACCAGGGAGCUGCUUGUUGCCCACUGCAGAUGAGGUUUCUGCACCAAAUUCCUCGCCCUGCAUUCAAAAAUGAAAGAAGGCCUACAAAUUUUGACAAAAAGGUGUUGGUGUGGGCAGGACGCUUUAAAAAGGAGGAGGACAUUCCCAAGUACAUCACGUCUGAGGUUCUGGAUGCAGCAAGGAACACUGUGAGGAUAAAGGUUUGCUACAUCAUGAUUGCACUGACCUUGCUGGGCUGCUUGGCCAUGGUCAUCACAGGCAAAGAGGCUGCUAAAAAGGAUCACACACUGCUGAAGGUGAAUGAAGAGAAGAAGGCUAAAUGGAGGGCUGAAGCAAAGAAAGAUCAGGAGGCAGCUGCUGUGAAGGCACAAUGAUCAGGAACAGGUUUACUUGAACAGUGGGAGAGAAGUGAUUUGCACACAUGCCAUAUGUACCUGUCUUCCUUUUACUCCUUGGAUCUUUCUGCCUGCAACUCUCUCAGGGUAAAGGCUGCUCCAUGUGAACUGUGAAGCUCUGGUGGAAACCCCAGCAGCUUCCUUCUCUGGCCUCUGGUCUUUGGUACUGGGUUCAGUUAAAAUAAAGACACAUCCUCUGAGCUGGGAAGUGUGAGAACGAUGGGUGGAGGACUGCACAGCUCAGGAUCCGUUCCUCGUGGUGCUGCUGCUGCUCAGCGUGGUCCUUGCAGGCAGGAAGGAUGCAACCCUAUGUCAGAGAGCAUCCCAGGCUGUGCAAUUCCUCUAGUGCACACAGGCUUGGCCAAAGGGAUUUGGGGCAGAGGGAGAGCAGGUGUGAAAUGUGUCCUCAAACCAAGAAGAGGUCGAAUAUCAAUUCCUCCGACUCUGCUAUCAUUGCUGUCCCACCCCUCUCGUUAGCCCCUCACAGAGGGACAUGAGCAGGUGGAGGGGUAUGAGCAGCCCUGGUGACUGAAUUGGGCUAAAAAGCCUUUGGGUCAGGGGAGCUGCUGUGAACAUGGGCUGGCAGCAUGGGCUCAUGGGGUGGUUUGGUUAUGGUGGACAGCUGCCCUCCCAGGAGCAGGGAGCCUGGCCAGGGGCACUGCCCAUCCUGUUGCACUUUGUUGCUUUGCUUUUUCAUCUUCUGCUUCCAGUCGUUGGCAUGGAAGCUCCCUAGCACUUGCUUAGUUGUGAUUUUAGUUAGGAUUAAUUGCUAAUAGAUGGUUUGCUAAAACUGAAUUCUUUUUAAUCACCAUAGUUCAUUAACUCAUAAUAAAACAGCUGUCCAAUUACAUCUAAAACAAACACUUCUCUUCACAGCUUCAUUUAAAGUGUCACCAAACUCUGAGAUGGUGCUUAAUGGGAGAGAUCCUCAAAUACUGAAAGUUCCAUUUUCAUAAAGUCAUUAAAUUUUAAGACAGACCUCA